AUGCUGCCGACGCCGACGCCAUCGCCGCACAGCGGUGGCUCUGCAUUCAACCCUCCUCCAGCAGCAUCGGUUGCCGAGGAUCAUGAUUUGCAGCUUACUGUUCAUCGAUUCAAUCAACUCUUUCCAGUUCCCAGUUUCAUGCGAAAAGGCCCUGCUGAACCUCUUGGCUCAAAGCUGGCGGAACUUUUUCAAACAGCUCUGCAGCUAGCCAAGACGAAGGAUUCCCUGCAUCUCCACGUCGUUCGAAAACUCGCCUCUGAUGAAGGCUUAGAACGCAUCAAGGAGAUGAUUGACGCCAUCCCAAAGACUUCCAGACUACAGGUUCGACACUGGCAGUUGCUGCUGCAACCAUUCUUCCAGGUCAUCGCCCAUCGCGAUGCCUUCACAACCGCCCAUGAGCGCCCACUUCGCGCGAUUCACGAUUUUCUCUUGAACUCGACUUCGAACUACAUCGAAGCAGUUUACAAACAUGUCUGUUGCGUGACUUCCAUUUUUAUCGCGACGGAUGAGGGAUCCAAUUUGGUCAUUGUCGAGGACCUCCUUGAUCUUUCGUCAAAGAUUCUCAAGCAAAUCCUGAGCGAUACAUCGGUGGACUCAUUGUCUUCUGCUUUGCGCACAACAGUGCAAGAACUUCAUGGUCACUGUGACAACUUGCCCGGAAAUCUACAACGACUGAGCAGUGCCAAGGAAACUCUGGAUCACAUUCUCCAGACCCGCAAAAAAGCCAAGACGCAUCCUGUAGGCCUGGCUCAGCAGCAGGAUUUUGUUGGUUAUGAUCCUCCGGGCGAACUCUCUCCUCGCGGACCACGACACGACAAUGACCACGCGAGUAUCAUGGAUAUCCGCAUUCUUCCCACAGUUGGUGAGAUUCUUGCAAAGAGACUUCCAUAUGCCCCACUUUACGACUCAUCAUCGUGGCAUGUGAGCGGCUUUCGGGGAUUGCUUGAUAGGCAUUUUCGCCUUCUACGAGAAGAUCAGUUGGGCCCAAUCUGUAAUGUCAUCAAGCAAUAUUUGCAGAAAAGUUCAGGCAGCACUUCUACGUACAGCGAAGGCAACCAUGUGCGAACAAAUGAGUACACUUUGAGAAGCCUUCGAGUCUCCUAUGACAGACAAGAUGGAUUUGAGCUGCACAUUUCUACCGACCAACCGACCGAGGUUGCCGCUCGCCGCACGCCGGCCCAUCGGGAACAAUGGUGGGUAGAUACACAGAACCUUGACUGGGAACGACUGGUAGUCAUUAUUGGCAAAUCUCACGCCAUGUUUUGCCUUGUUUCUCGAGCGACAUGUCGAACAUUUGCCCAAUUGCAUGAGAAGAAGGACAAGAACAAGAAGAAGCGCCCUCGAAACUACGAUCCAAAAAGAACCCUCUUCUCAUCCAGUACACAUGCGUACGCCGUUCUGAAUCCCAUCAAUCCUGUAAACGCCGAUAUAGAUUUCAUCUUGAGUUUCUCAGGUGGUGCAGUACAGGGAGUACGUUUGGUUGAGUUUCCAUCUGUCCUCCUGCCUUCGUUCAAGCCAAUGCUCAUGGCACUACAAGCCAUGUACGCUGAUGGGCAUGCGCCUCUGAGCGAAUAUCUCGUGGGCGAUGCAGGUCAAAGCAGGGCAGAUGAGCACGUUGCGCCGCCAGCAUACACAACAAAUCUUCAGCUGGACCUGCGGUCUCUUACAAAGAACGACAGCAGUUUAUCUUAUUGUGUUCGAAACGAGCCUAAUACGGAGCAGUUAUGUGCACGUUCAACUCUGGACCAAGGCCAAGCCACGGCAGUUCUGAACACCCUGCGUCGUCGCCUUGCUCUUAUCCAGGGUCCACCGGGGACAGGAAAGUCUUUCACUGGAGAAGCAAUCAUUAAGAUCCUUCUCGCGAAUAAAUCCAAAGCAGGUCUCGGGCCGAUCAUUUGCAUCUGCCAAACGAACCAUGCUCUGGACCAGCUGCUGGAGCAUCUGUACCAUCGAAGAGGCAUCCGUCGAAUUGUUCGUUUGGGAGCCUUCAGCAAAUCAGCCAUUGUCGGAGAGAUGACACUCUCCAAGAUCAUGGAGACUACGCAGCCCCUGAAGAAUGAAUUGGUCGCCAACGGCAAACGGUCCAAGGCCCGCAGAAAAGUGGCCGGACAGGUGAUCAGAGCCUUGGAGGACUUCAGCGCGGCCGAUCACGGCGGCCGCGAAGGUCUGAAAGAUGUCAUCAUGAGACUCAACCAGGAAUUCGAGAGAUGUGCCCAAGCUGUUGACAAGGGCUGGUCAAAUGUCAGGGCUAGGAUUCUCCGGGAGUAUGAUGUCGUUGGUGUUACAACAAGCGGACUCGCCAAGUUCCGCGAUAUGCUCAGCAGCGUGGGUAGCAAAGUGGUGCUGUGUGAAGAGGCAGGCGAAGUGCUUGAAGCACACACAUUAUCUGCGCUCAUGCCGAAUCUGGAGCAUCUAAUUCUCAUUGGUGAUCACCAACAACUCAGACCACGCGCAGACAAUUGGGCAUUUCGGGUAGCCAACCCCGAUGGCAAACCGUGGUCCUGGGACAUCUCUUUGUUCGAGAGGUUGGUCAAGCCGCUGAUGUUUUCCGACAAGAGGAUUCCAUUUGACACGCUAAACGUACAACGUCGAAUGCACCCGUCCAUUGCUAAUCUUGUGCGCUCAACGUUGUACCCGACCUUGCAGGACGCAGAAACCGUCAAGGACUAUCCACCCCUUGCCGGUUUCAAGCGGCGCUUGUACUUCUACCAUCAUAGUAGGUUUGAGGACAAGUCGAAGUCCGGUGGGUCUGGAGACUUUUCGUUUCACAAUCGAUUCGAGGUGGAGGUUGUCAAGACCGUACUCGCCCAUCUGCACCGCCAAAAUGUCUACGGUGGUGGUGAGAUUGCAGUACUCACUCCAUACGCAGGCCAGCUACAAAUGCUGAAAGCCCAGCUGGGGCUUACCUAUGACAUCACCAUGAAUGAUCUUGACGCUGCUGAGCUCGAAACCCGCAACUUGAUGGUGAGCAUGGGGAAAGCAUUCGGGAAGCCGCGCAUUCGUGUCGCAACAGUUGACAACUUCCAAGGAGAAGAAGCCUCCGUGAUCAUUGUGUCACUUGUGCGGAGUAACCCGCAAGGAAAAUGUGGUUUCUUGGACCAAGAGAACCGUAUCAAUGUCCUUCUUUCACGCGCCAAGCAUGGCAUGAUCAUCAUCGGCAACUCUGACACUUACGUCCAUAGUGACAUGUGGUGGAAAGUCCUACAGACGUUGGAGAAUGAUGGGAACGUGGGCACGAGCUUUGAACUGCCAUGUCCGCGGCACAAAGGCGGAACAAUUCUCGCGUCCACUGCGCAGCACUUCAUAAAUGGGAGUUGCAAAGAGAAGUGCGGCAGGCCGUUGCAAUGUAGCCAUAUUUGCAUGGAAACGUGCCAUACCAAGGGCGUUCACGACACCACAAAAUGCCAGGCUCUUUGUGGCGCGAUUCUUUCCUGCGGCCAUCAAUGCAAACAAUCAUGCCACUUUCAGAAACAAUGUGGCCCUUGCGAUUCAAUUUCACAUCGCAAUCAAAAGCAUCAUGUUUCGUCAGCCGGGAGUACAUUGCGCCCCGCCGCCGGAAAUCGACGCGAACCUUCACCAACAACCAAACCAGCGUCAAGCCAGAACCACGCAUCGAAGCCUGUAGCUGUUCUCAAGCCAGAAACUCGCGUGUCAAUCACCACAGCCGAGAAUAGAUUUCAGCAAGUGGGAGGAACGGACCAUCUUGAUACCGAAAAUGCUCUUCAUGUCGCCGAUGACUUGGCCAAAAUUGACAGCGGUAUCUGCGAAUCAUUGAUCGCUUUCAUCAGUACAUCUCACAGACGCUUGGUCGCUCUAGAGCUGGCAUUGCUUGACGAGCAAGAUGCACUGCACAAGUCUCUGCUUCAUGCAGUUUCGGUGAACCAGGUUGCGCACAUAGCAAGCAAAGACAACCGAUUAGUCAUUGAUGGCCAGCCAUUCAAGAUGAUUCAGACUGUGCACGACGCGAUCGUGGGGCGUUACAUCUCGGCAGUCUCUCUGAUGCUGCAGAUGAAUAAUUUCCUGCGUGAGAUGACAGCAGAAGAGAAACGGUUUGACAACUUGAUUUCCAAUGGCAAAAGUCAAGAGCGCAGUGCAAAAUUCGGGCAGGCUGAUUGCUGCCUCAGACUCCAGAGCAUGCUGAGUGCAGUUGUACUUUUGAUCCGAUGCAAUGUUGUUUUACUAGCGGAUUUCCUGAGCUUCAGACGCCAGACGAAAGGGCAGAAGCCAACCGUCUCGAUCAAUCUUGAUGAGUUUCGCUUUUUGUGCCAGUUCGUGGUAUCGACUGCACGUCAAUCAUGCUACCCUCGACACGAGGUGGAGGCUCAUGUUCUGAUUGCAAAAAUGAUCACCAUCGCGAGGGAGGUUUCUGGUGCCCUCAAGCACGCCAAUGGAUUAGAGGACACGGCAGUGGCCGAGAGGCAUCUACAGGAAGCGCGUGACCUCGUAUUGAAACACGAGAGCCUCUCGUAUCUGCUUGAAGAUGUUGAAGCAGUGCAAGGCGAGCUAUCCAGCUCAAAAUUUGGGCACAUUGUAUCCAGCUCAACGAAACGUGCGAGAUGGAAACAGUCUGGUCAAGAGUUUCAAAAGACUGGGUAUUGGCAUGUAUGUGCCAACGGCCAUCCAUUCAGUCUUGAAAGAGAAGCAGCCUGCACAACGUUCUGCUUCGAAUGUGAUGCGCCUGCCGGAGAGCACAUCAUUGACAGACAGGACAAUCACAAGGAGGACUGUGCUGAAUCGUUUGACAUUGACUCGGAGGCGGAUGAUGACUUGCUUGUUCGAUUGGCACAAGACUUUUCUAGACUCGACAUCUAG